CAGAGGGGGACACAACAUUUGUAGAAGACUUAAGUGGACAAGAGACUAAAGAAAACAACAAAAAUGCCGAAGCCAAUCAAUGUCAGAGUAACCACAAUGGAUGCAGAGCUGGAAUUCGCCAUCCAGCCCAAUACAACAGGCAAGCAGCUCUUUGAUCAGGUGGUGAAAACUGUUGGUCUUCGUGAAGUCUGGUUCUUUGGGCUACAGUAUGUGGACAGCAAAGGUUACUCGACUUGGCUGAAGCUAAAUAAAAAGGUAACGCAGCAAGAUGUAAGGAAAGAAAAUCCUUUGCAGUUUAAGUUCAGGGCCAAGUUCUUUCCAGAGGAUGUAUCUGAAGAAUUAAUUCAGGAAAUAACUCAGAGACUUUUCUUCCUGCAAGUCAAAGAAGCGAUCUUAAAUGAUGAAAUAUAUUGCCCACCAGAAACUGCAGUUCUUCUGGCUUCUUAUGCUGUCCAGUCCAAGUAUGGAGAUUACAGUAAAGAAAUACAUAAACUAGGCUACCUAGCUAAUGACAGACUUCUCCCUCAGCGUGUGUUAGAACAGCACAAACUGACAAAAGAACAGUGGGAAGAAAGAAUACAGAACUGGCAUGAAGAGCACAGGGGAAUGUUAAGGGAAGAUUCUAUGAUGGAAUACCUGAAGAUAGCACAAGACUUGGAAAUGUAUGGAGUCAACUAUUUUGAAAUAAAGAAUAAAAAAGGAACUGAAUUGUGGCUAGGAGUUGAUGCUUUGGGUCUGAAUAUUUAUGAGCAUGAUGAUAAGCUGACACCCAAGAUUGGUUUUCCUUGGAGUGAAAUAAGGAACAUCUCUUUUAAUGACAAAAAAUUUGUCAUAAAGCCAAUUGACAAAAAGGCCCCUGAUUUUGUUUUUUAUGCGCCCCGACUGAGAAUUAAUAAGCGAAUUUUGGCACUAUGUAUGGGAAAUCAUGAAUUGUACAUGAGGAGGAGGAAACCUGAUACAAUUGAAGUGCAACAGAUGAAGGCCCAAGCUAGAGAGGAGAAACAUCAGAAACAAUUGGAAAGGGCACAAUUAGAAAAUGAGAAGAAGAAAAGGGAGAUAGCAGAAAAGGAAAAGGAAAGAAUAGAGCGUGAAAAGGAAGAAUUAGUAGAACGCUUAAGACAAAUUGAGGAACAAACAAUGAAAGCUCAGAAAGAGCUAGAGGAACAGACUAGAAGAGCUCUAGAACUGGAUCAAGAACGAAAGCGUGCAAAAGAAGAAGCAGAGCGCCUGGAAAAAGACAAAGCUAAAGCUGCUCUAGCUAAGCAGGCAGCUGAUCAAAUGAAGAACCAGGAGCAGCUAGCGGCAGAACUUGCUGAAUUCACUGCCAAGAUUGCACUUCUAGAGGAGGCCAAGAAAAAGAAAGAAGAGGAAGCCUCAGAAUGGCAGCACAAAGCUUUUGCAGCCCAAGAGGACUUGGAAAAGACCAAAGAAGAACUGAAAUCUGUGAUGUCUGCUCCUCCACCUCCUCCUCCCCCACCAGUUAUUCCUCCAACAGAGAAUGAACACGAUGAACAUGAUGAGAACAAUGCUGAAGCCAGUGCAGAACUGUCGUCUGAUGGUGUCAUGAAUCACAGGAGUGAGGAAGAACGGGUAACAGAAACACAGAAAAAUGAACGUGUUAAGAAACAGCUCCAGGCUUUAAGUUCUGAGUUGGCUCAAGCCAGAGAUGAAACCAAGAAAACACAAAAUGAUGUCCUUCAUGCUGAGAAUGUUAAAGCAGGCCGUGAUAAGUACAAGACUCUUCGGCAAAUCCGACAAGGCAAUACGAAGCAGCGUAUUGAUGAGUUUGAAGCAAUGUUACAAAAGUACGAUCUCUUGCAGCCCGUAGGAUAGGAACAAGGUAAAGAUCAGCAGAAGACCUGGGGUCUGCCAAGGCCUGCCAUUGCGCUUCUGUAAAUCUGGACAGUUCACAGCGCUUUAAAUUAGGUGCUGCCUGGUCUGUGAAGAGUUUUCUGGAAGGACCAGGAAGUGCUGUUACAACAUUUCAUUAAUGUUUGGUUCUCUCAUGGUCUCCUUAAAUCUUUCCUUUGCUGUCUUUUCCCAGGAGAAAAUUAGCUUUUUGAAGUGUUUACGCUGUUGUUCUUCCCAGAAAAAACAGGAAAUAAUACUGUUAAUCUUUAACAUGUAAUGGGGAGUGUUAGAGUGAACAGUGAUGUGACCCUUCAAAGUGCUUGGGGAUCUUGUAGGCUUUGCCCAUAAAUGGUGUCGUCUGGGACUCCAUAUCCAGCCUGGGUAAAGUGAAAUAAGAAUAGAUACUUUCCAAGUUUUAUUGGUUUUCUACACGGCUUCUGAUAGCCUUGAUGAUACGUGAAUAGCGUCAGAUAAUUUUCUAAUGUAAAACUCCGGAUUUAAUAUGUCUGUACAUACAUUUCCAGUGUAAGCACCUGUUGCUGCUUGCCUUUUUGUACGCUGUUAGGAUGUGCAUACUGUGUAUACGUAACUGCAUUGAAUUGUGCACCCUGCACAAAAGCCUGAAUAAAUGGGUUUUAA